AUCGAUAACCAACAACCGAAAACUAGGGUUCUCUAAUCUCGACGAAGAUGGCGACGCAGAAAGCUAAGGAGAUCGUUAACAACGAUUCAGUCGUUGUUUUCAGCAAGAGUUAUUGUCCGUAUUGCGUGAGAGUGAAGGAGCUUUUGCAACAAUUGGGAGCUAAAUUCAAGGCCGUUGAGCUCGACAACGAAAGUGAUGGUAGCCAAAUUCAAUCAGCUCUUGCAGAAUGGACAGGACAACGCACCGUGCCUAAUGUGUUUAUAGGAGGAAAUCACAUCGGUGGCUGCGAUGCAACAACAAACUUGCAUAAAGAUGGGAAGUUGGUUCCGCUGUUAACUGAAGCUGGAGCGAUCGCAGGAAAGACUGCAACAACUUCUGCUUAAGAGCAGAUCCAUUUGUGCUUGCUUCUAUCAUGAAUAAAGAGGUUUGAGUCAUAAAUGUGAACUUGUUUUGUGUCAAGUUAAGAAAUAUUCUGAUGUUUU